AUGCACGGAUUGACCUCUGCGUGUUUGUUCUUCAUCGACAGGUUGAUGACGCCUGGGAGUGAAAUUCGAUUUGUCCAUAAGCACAUGGGUCUGGUGCCAGGCUGGGGAGGAGCCGCCCGGCUGGUGCAGAUCGUCGGCGGCGGGGCUGCCCUCCGGCUGCUGAGCGGGGCAGCCGGGUUGGACCCCGAGAGAGCUUUGCACCUUGGGCUCUCGGAGGAGACGUUGUCAUCGUCUGAUGAAUCCGGAGCGUUAGAAGAAGCCCGAGCCUGGCUGAGUCAGUACACAGAGGGUCCAGCCAGUGUGAUUCGGGCUGUGAAAAAGGUGGUGACAGCAGGAAGAGAGCUACCACUGGAAGCUGCCCUAAGGACAGAGAAGGACAUUUUUGGAACUGUAUGGGGUGGGCCUGCCAAUUUGCAGGCAUUGAUUAGAAGACCAAAACAUAAAUGA